GUUAAAUUAAGUUCUCCUCUUUCAAUGAAAGGAGUAGAUCCGUUUUCGCUUGCUCAGGAAGGGGAGCGGCUAUGUAGACAGAGCAAUUAUAAAGCCGGUAUUGAAUAUCUCGAAUUAGCUUUGAAACGGGGACUGAAUAGGGAUAGUGAAAGCCUGGAAGCCGUUUCAGCGGUUUAUUCGCAGUUAGGCAAUGCGUACUAUGCACUCAAGGACUUCGAUAUGGCUUUACACUACCACGACUUGGAUUUGGAAACAGCCAAGUUACUGCAUGAUGAAUCUGGGGUAGGCAAAGCACAUGGGAACAUUGGCAAUGCAUACAAAGCUGUUGGUGACUUCAAGAAUGCUUACGAACAUUCAGUGCGGCAUUUGAAUAUAGCUCAGAAACUAGGAGACAAAGAGUGCGAAAGUCGUGCACUAUAUAAUUUGGGUUCCAUUCUUCACUGUCGUGCAAAGGCAAGGUUGCCUCCAUGCUUUCGUUUUGAGGAGAACAGUUUAACUGUUGACUGCGACCCUGCUGUUGUGGCUGAUUUACGGAAGGCCAUCGAUUAUUAUCUACAAAACCUGUAUAUUGUUGAAAAUGCAAAAGAUUGGGCAGCGUGCGGACGGACGUACGGGAAUUUAGGAAAUUGUUACUAUAUGUUGGCUGAUUAUAAAACUGCAAUAGAAUAUCACAAAAAGAGGCUUGACUUAGCACGACGGUUUGGCGAUAAGAGUGCCAUGAAGCGUGCAUAUACAAAUCUUGGAAAUGCAUUUAUUUUUCUUAAGCAGACAGCAAAAGCAGUUGAGUUUUACAGGUUGGCCCUUGAAAUGGCAAUGGAACUGAAAGACGAGGUUUCUGAAGCACAGUGCUGCUUUAAUGCUGGUAACGGUUCAGCAAUUUCAGGAGAACAUGCAACAGCAGUCGAUUAUCAUUUGAGACACUUGCAAAUUUCUCGUAAGUUACAAGAUAAAUCCGGCGAAAUUAGAGCGUGUGCAGCUCUGGCAGCAGAUUAUAGAAACUUGGAUGCGCCAAAGAAAGCGGCAUAUUUUUAUGCGCUUGGUAUGGAGUUAGCUUCAAAGGGCCAUGAUCACUCGAGUGAAUUGGCUUUAAGAAGUUCAUUUGAAACUUUGUACAGGACAAAUGACAGCAAUACGGAUAAAAGAAUAUGCAGUUUGAUUGAGAUAGAUCCAUCGGCAGACCCUUUGCCGCGAUCUGUUUCUCAGUUAAAUGCUUCGAUAAAAUCCCUUUUGUGUCGAGGUGACUGUAGCGAUUGUGGCUUAUCUAGGCGUGGUAUCGGCGACUUUUCAACAGUUGGUACAGGAACAGAUGACAUUCCUAGUCAAGAUAGAGAUGGAAUUGAUGAGGAGUUUAUGGACUUAUUAACUCGUGCGCAAGCAAAACGUAUUAAUGACCAGAGGUGUGACCCUGACAUGCUUGCUGACUUGACUAAUCGUACAAAUGGCUCUGUGAGGCAGUCCGACAGUCUCAUGUGCACGGGAGAAGUGAAGCAAGAACAAAGUGGUGAUGGUAGGUGUAGUGUUGACAAUGGGUUAGCAUUUGAAAAUGAGGCUGAAUUUGUUGGGAGUCAUCCUAAUCAGCUCAAAUCAAGUUCUUCUUCUCCCGUUUUUCGUGUUCCUGUUGCGCCACCGCGACGAAAUCGUACAGUUCGUUGCUCUACUGUCUCUUUAGAUACCGGAGUCAAUGCUUGUUCACGGCCCAACCAGGAAGGAAUGUUAGACCUGAUUGCCAAUUUGCAAGGUCGACGGAUGGAGGAGCAACGUGCAGUGCUUAACGGUCAGGAGACUGAAAGUGCAAGCCAGAGUAAAGAAUUGGAAGUUUUGGAAGAUGCAGGGCAGUUAUACGACUUGGUGAUACGCAGCCAAGGUGAUCGGUUAGACGAACAGCGAAGCGAGUUGAGUGUUACAAAACCAGAUGAAGAUGUUUCCGAAAUAGUAUUAAACAUGCAGAAAGGAAGGAUAGAGGGACAGAGAGCCAGUUUGGAGCCAAAAACUUAG